ACGGGAUCCUCCGGAGUCCUGUCCUUCCUGUGGCGCCGCUACACCUGAUAUUACGGGCGCCCGUCGCCUCUUUACUCCCCUCCACCGAGCAGGGCCCUCACCUCUGCCCGUCACUCAGCGGAGGGGCCGCCCCCAGCGGAGGCUCCGCACCGAGAUGGCGGCCGAGAUCCACGCCAGGCCGCAGAGCAGCCGGCCCGUCCUGCUCAGCAAGGUCGAGGGGCACCAGGACGCGGUGAGCGCCGCCCUCCUCAUCCCCAAGGAGGACGGGCUCAUCACCGCCAGCGAGGACAGAACAAUUCGAGUAUGGCUGAAAAGGGACAGUGGCCAGUACUGGCCCAGCAUUUACCACACAAUGUCAUCUCCUUGUUCAGCUAUGGCUUAUCAUCAUGACAGCAGAAGAAUAUUUGUAGGCCAGGAUAAUGGUGCCAUUAUGGAAUUCCAUAUCUCAGAAGACUUUAAUAAGAUGAACUUUGUCAAGACGUACCCAGCUCAUCAAAAUCGGGUGUCGGCUGUCAUUUUCUGCCUGGGAGCAGAGUGGGUUAUCAGUACUGGCCAUGACAAGUGUGUCAGCUGGAUGUGCACCAGGAGUGGGAAUAUGCUGGGAAGACAUUACUUCACCUCUUGGGCUUCAUGUUUACAAUAUGACAUCGAAACCCAGCAUGCCUUCGUUGGGGACUACUCUGGACAGAUCACGCUACUGAAACUUGAACAGAACAAAUGCACGGUUAUCACAACGCUCAAAGGGCAUGAAGGAAGUGUUGCUUCCCUGUGGUGGGAUCCUGUUCAACGGCUACUCUUCUCUGGAGCAUCUGAUCACAGCAUUAUUCUGUGGGAUAUUGGUGGAAGGAAAGGCCGAACAUUGCUGCUUCAGGGCCAUCAUGACAAGGUGCAGGCCAUUUGUUACAUUCAGCUGACGCGGCAACUGGUCUCAUGUUCAGCUGAUGGAGGAAUUGCCGUUUGGAAUAUGGAUAUCAGCAGAGAAGAGGCUCCUCAGUGGUUAGAAAGUGAUUCUUGUCAGAAAUGUGAACAGCCUUUCUUCUGGAAUAUAAAGCAGAUGUGGGACACAAAGACACUAGGGUUGAGACAGCAUCACUGCAGGAAAUGUGGUCAAGCAGUGUGUGGCAAGUGCAGCACUAAGCGGUCCAGCUACCCAAUCAUGGGCUUUGAGUUCCAGGUCCGUGUCUGUGACUCUUGCUUUGAGUCCAUCAAAGAUGAAGAUCGUACUUCCCUGGCAACUUUUCAUGAAGGAAAACACAACAUUUCCCACAUGUCUAUGGACAUUUCCCGGGGACUAAUGGUGACCUGUGGGAGUGAUCGGAUUGUGAAGAUAUGGGACAUGACACCAGUAGUUGGUUGCAGCCUUGCAACCGGCUUCUCCUCACGCUGACCUAGGACCUGACAGGUUCAUGCACCUUAUGUACAGCAACAUGCACCGAAUGAAUGAAAUCCCUCCUAGGAAUAUCGUCACAAAAGCACUGAUUGCUGGAUCCUUUUUCUUUUGCUCUUCCAGGAUGGACAGUCGCCUUAAUAGAGCAAAGCUCUUCUAUAGGCUUCAACGGGAAUCACCUUGAUGCAGAAAUGCAAUUUCCCAGCCUGUUGAUGUAACAUAAAAUGGCUUACCUGCAACAUGACACUGCGAUAAAAGGAUCUGUCAUAACUUGGUUUACAUGUAGUGUUAACAAUGUGCUUUCUCUGCUGAAAUAUCUUGUACAGUAGCUAAAGGAUUCAGUAAAAUGAGUUUAGUUUUUUCAAAUUUGUGCAAAUAGUAAAUACUUACUGUCCCUUCCAGUAAGCAGUCCCCCAUUGAACUCUUUGCCUGGGUGCAGCUGUUUAGGCUGCCUCCAAAAGGAGUAUUGGUUAUAACUUUGGAAGAAGGAAAGACUUAUUUUUUUAAGCAAUGUUUGAAUUAAGGGGCAGGUGUUCCCUCUGUCUUGAAGUGGCAGUAAGAGUAAAUGCUUGACAUAAGAGAUCCUGAUCUACUGGCUUUCUUGGAGUGUCGUCUGCAAGUUCAGUUAUUGGUAAAACGACUUUAAAAUGAUCUGUUCUGUUCAAAUAGCUUCUGAGUGUCUGUAAAUAAUCCCAGGCUUUUAGACAUGCUGAAGCUAUAUUUAUUCCCUCUUCUUGGCUAACAUAUAACUAGUGAACUUUUGUAGCUGUUAUUUAGUAGAUAAGCUGCACAUUCUCAAUAGUGAAGGCAGCCCACGAUAUGUCACAAAUCACACAUGCUCAUAUAGUAUGUUUACAGUGCUGUUAAAAUGGGGGGGCUCUGCAAGCCUGUUGUCUUAGCUUUAAUCGCUAAAAUAAAAAAACCCUCCUACAUAACUUAAAUGAACUAAUUUUUUAUGUGGAAAAGCUUAGUUCCCCAUUUAUCAUGAAGAAACUAAAUAUAGCUAUAGCAUUAACUUAAUUACCACCUUGUCUUUGUUUUGAAGAAAAAUUAAUGUUAAACAUUUCUAAAAUUCUCUUCUGAGAAUAACUACAAAGUUACAGAAUAUUUCUUGAAUAGUUGGCCUAAGUGCAGAUGAGGGCUGUUAAUCUUAAAUGCUAUGUGCAGUGGUGGUCCUUGCCGUUAUAAGCUGAGUGAGGAGGUCUGACGUUUUCGUGGAUUGCACGAUUCCAGCUGGCAUUUACAGUGAAAUAUUGCCAUGUACAUUGGUCUGUCAAGUGCAUGAAUUACCUACGUUCCAUAAACAUUAGGAUAUAUGUAAUGCCAUAAGGUUGCCAUACAAGAGCUUAUUAAACAGUUUGAAAAUGAAAUUCAUUUAACUUUAUAGUGAUAUGCCAUGGAGUCACAAAGGAGAUGGGAGUUCAUUGGAUUUUCAUAAAAACUGAUGAUAUAGUGUAUUAUGUAGUGAGGGAAGAAGUAUCUGCAGGUCAGCUCUUUUUGCUGCCAUUGGAGGUGAUAUGUUCAUUCUUGCAGAAAAAUUGAUGAGGUAUUGGAAAGAACUGCAAUGUUAGCCUUGCAGCAACAACCAAGUGGUGCUGUUGACACUGCUGAAUUAAAAUCAUUGUCCUAUACUUUUGAUAUGGAGCCCACUAUAGCUAGUGUAUGCUAAUACCAUGGGAUAGUAAUGCGUCAUGAUCUUACUCCGUUUGCAUUUCAAAAACAAUAAGAUGGUAGAUUUCCAUGCCACUAAAUACCAUCUCUGGCAUAUUCUGGAUUCACAUAUUUUUGGAACUGGCUUUAUGACUAACCACUUUAUGGGCCCUCUCCAGAAAUAUUUUGCUAAA